CUUGGACUAUUAACUAAGUUUCAAACUUCCUUGGGAAACCAGCUCGUGCCUCUUCUCUACGCAGCUGAACCGGUUGAAACUCGCUUUAUUCAGUCACCGGUGGCCUAGCCUUUGUUCGUGUGCAGCAGGGACCUGCAGAGGCCUGAGAAAGGGAUAUUCAACGCAAACGCAGAUUACACAUAGUCCAUAAAGCACCUACUUUCCUUUAAAGGAUUUGUUGUUUGAAGUCGACAUGAAAAACAGGGUAUAUUUUGCAGUUUCUUGCACAAUUUUGCUAAGUUUUAUGUGGAACACCAAAAUCGCGGAAGCGGGAGACUAUAUCGACAAAACAAAAUGGCUUCCCAAACUACGUGAUCCAAUUAAGGUUGGUCAUGAAGAAGAAAUGAUGGUGUUUCCAUUUCACAAAAGAAAGGUGAAAACUAUCAGUAUGAACCCGCCGAUAUUUGAGAUUUCCAAUUUUCUGACGGAUGUUGAAUGCGAUCACCUAAUCAGUUAGGCCAAGCGCCUCGGUUUAGAGAAGAGUCCCUUGGCAAAGGCUGACACUGUCAUCGAUGACGAAACAUCACAGAGAACUUUUAAGAUUUGGGAUAACAACGACGACGGGUUUAUAGAGCCCGUUGAGAUUAUGCACGUUCGUGGAAAGGAAGACCUCUACUUUACAGAAGACGACCUCCUAGAAAUGUUUGAAGAACUUGAUAUGGACAAGGAUAACAACGGUAAAAUUGACUUCGAAGAAUUUAGCAAGGUAACUGUUCCGGUGAUAAAAGAGUACUUCGACAAAGUGCGAAGAACAAAACCGCGACUACGCAGCCGCAACAGUAGGCAAGUUUGGAUGUUCCACAAUGACCCAAAGUAUCCACUCCUCUCGGAUUUUCAUGGCAGAUUGUCACGUUUAAGUCUUCUUCCAGAGGAAUUUAUCAACAAUACAGAGCCUCUACAGGUGGUCAAGUAUGAUGUUCACGGCCAUUAUCACUGUCACCACGACUCAGAUGAUUUGAACCCAAAGCUACAGUGCUGUUCUUAUGCGAAUGAAGACGACUGCCGUCUAUGCAGACUUGUCACAGUCCUAUUGUACUUGAACGAACCUCAGGAAGGCGGAGAGACGGCGUUUCCAGUGGCGGGCAACGAAACGUUUUCCGAGGAGGCGUGGGAGAGAGGUGAAGGCUGGAAGUGCAAUCUCGCACAAAACUGCCAUAAAAGUAACCUGGUCAUCAAACCAGAGAAAGGAAAGGCGAUCAUGUGGUACAACCACCAUCUGGACAAAAACACAGGUUGGCUUGGUGAGUUGGACCAGUUGGCACAACAUGGCGGCUGUGACGUAAUAAAAGGCACAAAGUGGGUUGCAAACCUCUGGCUGACCCUUGUGGGAGAGCAAGGCACUGAGGAACCAUUCAAGGGAUGGAUUGAUUAUGGAAAAGACGAGACUAAGUACAAACCUGGUACAGACUGGAGAGGAGAUCUAGUAAAACAAGACAACGGGGCAGAAGAAAGCAGCGACCAGAAAAACGAAGAAACUGAACAGAAGAAAAGUGAAAUUAAGGAUGAAGAGAAAUGGAAAGAAGAGAAAGAGAAAGCUAUAAAAGAGGCGAAAGACAUAGGAGGUGGUUCUUAUGAUGUGAAACUGGAACUCUAAGUGGAAAUUUCCUUUUAAUUGUUUCCUCUCUAAAGGAAUCAACUGAGAAAAAUUUUCCAAUAAUUUAAAUUAGGAAAUAAUUGUUAGGGGUGAGGUCUAUUUCGAGAAAAGCUAAUUUAGGGUAAAUUUUAAAUGUUUCUUGACUAUACUCUAAGACAUUUUCACAAGUCUCGGCCAUUUAUUUCACAAAAUGACAUUUUACUAGACAAAGUUGAGUCAAAAGAGACAAAAAAAAAACCUCUACGUCACGUUGUUUCUUGUUAGUAUUAUCGUUUUGGAAUAAAUUAUUUUAAUUCCUUGA